CAUGUUUUAAUGAGAUAUAUAUAAUUUUGAGUAUAACAAAAUAUCCAACGAAAAGUAUUCCCACAUUAUACAGCAAAUAAUGAAAAUUGAAUCAAAUGGUUUUAUAUUAGCUCAGGAACAUUGAGUGACGUAACGAAGCUUCCUGAUGGUUUUCCUCGUUUUUAUCAGUAGCCAUUUUGUUUUCGUCAGCCGAACAAUAUAAGGUGUCCGUCUGUCCGUUCAGCUUGACGAGAGCCGGGCGCUUGAGCAGCAGACGAUGGACUCGAAACGGUACGACCAUGGCCCCAGGUCGAAUUCAGAAUCGCCGCCUGCCCCGCCUUCGCCUCCUCUCUUUGGCUCAAGUAUCUCAACACACGAGCUCGCCAAAAGCAGAUCCAGAAGGUCACAGUCACCUGACUACAAAUCAUCCAGAUCAGCCAGAAUCGAGUCUCCAGAAAGGCGAAGAAGAAAACGCAGUUCCUCUAGGUCCUCUCCAGUCCGCACCCAUCGACGAUCUCGGUCCAACGACAGAGAACGGGACAGAGAUAGGGAUAGGGAGAGAGUAAGAAAACAUUCUAGGAGGGAAAAGUCAAAGUCGCGAUCACUGGGAAGGUCUAGGUCAAGGGGUAAAUCAAAGGGUAAGUCCAGGUCUAGGUCAAAGGGUAGAUCCAGAUCCCGGGGUGGGUCGAGAUCUAGGGGAAAUACGUCCAGGGGGAGGUCCAGGUCGCGUGAAAGACGACGAAGUCGAAGUCGCAACAAGAGUAGAGAGAGGCAGAGGUUCAGGGAAGCUCGCAAACAACACAGAGCACCUUCCUACGAAUCUGACGCUCCAGAAGAAGCUAUGGAGGUUGCACCACCUCCUCCUGUGAUAAUGCCUCAACCGAACGCCUUCAAAAAUGAUGGCAGCUUCAUGGAGAUGUUCAAGAAGAUGCAGGAGCAAAUGCAGCCAGUUCAGCAGCCGACGACGUCCGUUUUGGAAGAAAAGCCAGCUGCUCCACCGCCACUGAUGGUUGGCAAGAGACGAGGUGGAAGGAUCCUAAAGACUGGGAUGGUCGCGAAACCAAAGGUGGAGCAGUCAGCGGACCAACCGAAAGAUGCAUGGUCGUUGUACAUGGCGGAGGUGAAGAAGUACCGGGAAGUUUGCUGCCAAGAAGAGGACAAUACGAGGCCUCUCGUCAAAUAGGGGGGGGGGGGGUCCAAUCUUCUUCUUUUUUAACACAUUCUGAAUCCUUCCGAUAAAAACGCUGGACUCUGCCUUUUUGAUUACUUUGCUACAGUGUCAAUAUUAAAUGAGGAUGAUUUUUUAGAUGUUAAAGAAGCGAAACAAUUAACUUUAUCGAGUAUCUGUGUUAGUGUUAAGUGACGAGAAACGAGAGGCGAAUGGACUAGAGCGAGAGACUGGGGUAGGGAUUCGAUCUUACGUUCUAGAAGGGGUGGAUUUUAAAGAUAGACUUGACAUUUUUAUGAGGGAGAUUAAAGCUUAGGAAGGGUUUUUUUUUUGCUUUUGGGGAACAAUUUUAUGC